GAACGCACCAUACAUAUGUAUGACGUGGCAGUGCGUGACGCCAUCAAAGCGGGUCGGUGGUUCAUUCAUGAGUGUACCGAGAGAGCCGUAACGUCACCGAGCUAGCGCACCUAGCAGCUUUACUCUGGGCCGAAAGGAUGAUGGAAGAGAGCGGGAUUGAGACUACACCCCCUGCCAGCCCUACACCUCCUCUGACUGCAGCUGCUGCAGUCAGCUCCCCACCAAUGACCAUAGGUCUGUCCAGUCCUCUGUCCCUCCCGGGCACCAGCGCCAUCUCCAUUGGUAACCCCUCAGUCUCCACCACUCUACCCCCUGGCCCCCCCCUCCCUACUUUCAGCAGCCCUCUGUCUGCACCCUCCCAGUUUCCCCCUGCCUCCACACUCACCUCCCCCCUUCACCAGCAGCUCCCCUCCCUUUCUUCCACCCCCUCCUUGCCUCCUCUGGUCUCCCCCAUCAGACCACCCCCACCCUCAACUCCUGGCAUGUUGGCCCCUCCAGUUGGCCCGCCGGUAUCCAACUUCUCCAUGAGCGCAGGAUAUGACAUCACACGGGGUCACGCUGGUCGAACACCUCAGACCCCACUGAUGCCAACAUUCUCCAGUCCUACUGCCAUGCCGGGUGUCGUGUCAAACCCCCUGGUUCAGCAGCCAGUCAUGACAGGAGGAAUUGAUACUGGAUCCCCCAUCACUUUCCCAGAGGAGCAGGAAGAUCCCAGAGUGUCUGGAGACACCAACACUGGUGGAGGCAUCUGGGGCUUUUUCAAGGGAGUAGCAGGUAACCAUGUAGUAAAGACAGUCCUGGACAGAACCAAGCACUCUGUGGAGUCCAUGAUCACCACUCUGGAUCCCGGAAUGGCUCCAUACAUCAAGUCAGGUGGGGACAUUGACAUUGUGGUGACCUCAGAUAAGGAGUUGAAUGUGGGGGCAGUCAGAGAGGCCUUUCAGGAGAUAUUUGGGAUGGCUAUGGUCACUGGAGAGCCUGGUCAGUCCAACAUCGCCCCACAGCCAGUGGGCUACGCUGCCGGUGUCAAGGGGGCUCAGGAGCGCAUUGACAGCCUGCGUCGAGCCGGUGUGAUCCAUGAGAAGCAGCCAGUGGUCUCUUUGGAAAACUUCAUUGCUGAGCUCUUUCCUGACAAGUGGUUUGACAUUGGAUGUUUGAUCCUGGAGGAUCCCGGUCACAGCAUCCGCAUCGAGGUCUUCACUCAGGCAACCCCUCUGGCUCUAGACUUCGUCCAACAGGCUCAGUCCCUGACCCCUCCUGACUACAGCCUGCGCUGGUCAGGUCUGAUUGUUACAGUGGGUGAGGUCCUGGAGCGCAGCGUGCCCAACAUCAACAGGACAGACUGGCAUCAGGUCAUGACGGGCAUGACCCAACGCCAGAUGAUCCAGAGUGCUGCCAAAGCUCUGGCUGGAAUCUACAAACAGCAGCUGCCACCCAGGACUGUGUGAGGCUGAAUGCUUCCAGUUUCUGUCACAUACUGGGAGGUGGGACAUGUUAGAGGCGAAACUAGCUGACUGGACAGCGAGGCUCCUCGUAGCUCCCCAUCCAUCCAUCCUCCACGUGUUUGUGAGGAAUAGCCAAAUAUUUCCUGACAUGUCAGCAUGUCAGCAGGUUUUAUUGAAGAAUACUUUGUUGCCAACUCUGACUUCAAAGAAGACUUAAGCAUUAACGGAUCAUCUCGUCACUCUCCUCGAAAGAUUAUUACACAUCAUGUAUAUUAAUAUAAGCAACCUUAACACACAUGGUGGCAAUAUUUUGUUUACUGCUAUUGCUUAUGAAUGCUAAUGGUUAUUGUAGAGAUCAUUGUAUGGACUGUGUCCCAGUUGUAUUCUAUGGACCAAAGGUUGUCACAGAUCCAAACUCUUAUUUUCAAGAAUAGAUUUUUAAAUCCAAAAAAUGAUAGACAUGUAGACUGCAUGUGAUGUGGAUCACCUGUGAAGGUUCGACUAUAGACUGUAACAAUGGAACUUCACAGUAAUAGGAAAUGAUCUGACACUACUGCACAUUUCAAAGUCUGAAAUAGCUGAUAAGAAGUUUUAAUUUUUUAUGAUUUCAUUUUAUGUACAGUUUUGUUUUUUGAGCUGUUGUUACAGCCACUGACCCACCGUCCACCCUUUUAAAAAUAAUAUUAAUAAUGAUAAUUAAUAUUAAUUUUAACAAAACAGAAAAAAAUGUCCCUGAGCCGUGGCCAGGCUCUGGGGCUAAGCUGAGUAACUGGACCCUGCUGACCUGCUGCUCCUCCCUUCUUGAGCUUGCUAAAAUUGUGUAAGAUUUUUUGAUGAACUGUUAAACACAAUCAUUUAGGAACAUGUAAGCAUAAUAAUGAACUAAUAAAGGAACUAAAACUAGAUUUUGACACGGGGCCCACCUAUUAUACUGUCGCUCUAUGUCAGCAUGAAUAUUCUAGUUACUGAAUUUACCAUAAAUCAAUUUCUGCACAGUAAACCUGUGUCCUUAGAGGGCGAGGGUCUCCCAUAGAAGCUUUUGUAAGCACUAAAUCUAUAUGAAGCCACUGUGCUGAAAAUGGUUUGCAUUUGAUCUGUGCUGACAACCUUUGAUGUGUUUGUAUGAAAGAGAUUCAUCAGAAUAGAAGUCUGUCUGUACACACAGCUUCUACAGUCAUAGUGUGUAGCCUGUGUGUAGAGUGUAGUGCAGCGAGGUCUUGUUCGUGCUGACCGUUGGAUUUUUGCUGCAUUGAAGCAACACACUGCUCUCUCUACACACACUUCAUUUUCCAUUGUGAAUGCACUAAAUCCAGUAUGUAGUGUGCAACCGGGACACAGCUAGAAGAGUGUGAUGGUUCAAAUGAUGUCGUCACUUUUUAGAUUUAUUGUAUUAGUUAAAACCAUAGUUAUCAUGUUCACUGAUUCUUGCUUGUUUUAUUGUUUGUGCUACAUUUUCCCAUGAGUGAUCGCAGCCUGUCAGGAUGCUCAGAUGAUCCUGUUGAAGGUGGAAAGAAUAUUCUCGGUGUACUUUGUCUUCUAAAUGUGCCUUUUUACACAAAAUAAAUCACUUUUUCAUGCCG